AUGUUGACUUCAAUUUUAUUCCUUUCUGCUAUCAUCUCAACCGCUUGGGGCUGUCCGAAGCAUGAUAACUAUCAAUCGCACCCUCAUCUGGGUCGAAGGCAGGUCCGCAUCGACGUCGGAAGGGAGCCCAAGGACUGGAAUUAUGAUGUCUCUGCUGACUGGGCGACAAUAAAACCUGAAUACCAUCUCUGCCAAUCUGGAACUCACCAGUCCCCCAUCAACAUCGCGGUGAAGGAACUGGCACAACACCACCGGCCCAACUUCGAGGGCUACAAGAGCGUAUCCUUGCCGGGAAACUUCUUCAACUCGCAGUUCGCACCGGCCUUCACAUUCCACCACCCGGAACACGAUCUGAACAGCUUGCCCCAUUUCACGUUCGAUGACGAAGAAGUCUUCUUGAUAGGCUGGCACAUCCACGCACCCUCGGAACAUUUGAUCGAUGGCCGCCGAAGCCGGGCCGAGAUUCACAUGGUCCACGUCACCGAGGAAGACGAGGAAGCUGCAGUCAUUGGCAUCCGCGUCGGAGUCGCACCUCCUGGAACUCCAACGGAGUCGGCCUUUAUCAAGCAGCUCGGUCCUCUGAUCCACUACAACGACACGUCUCAGAUCGAAGGCCUUCAGGUCAAUGUUCGUCUUGCUAUCGAAGAAGUCGGCGGACUCGAAGAGUUUUGGACCUACAAGGGUAGCUUGACUACACCUCCCUGCAGUGAAGGUCUCAGGUGGUUCGUCCCCAAACAAGAAUUGCUGGUUAGUGAAGCACAAAUGGUGGAGAUUCUCGCUGCUAGCAGAUUCUCUCACCGUGUCACACAGGAGGUUUGGCUGCACGAUAUCAACCUUUGA